AUAAAUCAGAAGAAGAAGAAGAACUGAAGGUGCAAUGGCGAAAACCGAGCUGAUAAUUCUCUCCUUGUCGUUCGCAAUGGCGUUAUCUUUCAUGGCCGUUGAAGGUUACGGAAGGAUGGUAGGAGGGAGAACGGAGGUAACCGACGUAAAGACCAACAAGGAGGUGCAAGAGCUGGGGAGGUUCGCGGUGGAAGAAUACAACCUUAACCACCGCAUCCGGCAGCUGGUGUUUUCAGAGGUCGUAGAGGCUGAAACACAGGUGGUUUCGGGUAUCAAGUACUAUCUGAAGAUCGAAGCGACGGAGAAUGAGCUUAGAAAGACGUUUGAAUCGGUGGUGGUGGUGAAACCGUGGCUUCAUUCCAAGGAACUGCUUCACUUUUCGCCUUCCACGCAGUGAGGGUUUCUAAAAUCGGUUUUGUGUUGUUGUCGAAUCUAUAAUUUUUGUUU